UAAGGCUGGGAGCGGGCGGGUUAGGCCUUGGGUUCGGUCGAGUAAAACUCAACCCACACAUCACUAACAGAGUAUGCUCUGAAGAUAAGAAGGGAAAAGUUGUUUUGCACAAAGUGAUUAUUUAUUUAUGAAAAUGGAUAUGCUAUAGAGGAGUCUACAGCAGAUUAUAUGAGUCACAUAUCAUGUGUUUAAUAAUAAAACAUGCUUGGGGUUGCUAUGGAAUAUACGCCAAAAACCUUAUCUUUAUAUUUGUUAGAUUCAGGCUGAAGGCAUGUGUAAAGAUUGGUUGCCAGUGAUAAUUCUCCUCUACCGCAGACAAGUAAUCCUCUGAAAAGGUUUAGCAAUUUCUCCAGAGAAAGUCCUAGUCAUGUUUUCCCCUAUUUUCAGCAUGGCUUAUAGUGGCACCUUGGAUUGGCUUAUUCUCUUGGAAUCAGAACAGUCUCCAGCCAGUUUCCUACAGCUUUAUAUUCCAAACACUGUUACCCAGUCCUAUGUCCACCUUGUUUCUACAGCACAGGGAUUUACUGACACCCAUAAUCCUGUUGGGAGCUUGACACAUCUUCCCUCAUCACAGCCAUACAUUUCCUAAAAUCCUGUGUCAGGCUCUCCCUGUACUUCAGCAGUUCUGCAGGGGCAGUGGUGGCUUGGAGGUUUGUGCUGUUAUACAGGCCAUGGCAUCUGCCCUAAAGAGGCAGAGAGGGCAAAAAAGGGGACCAGAACAUAAAAGAGAAACCAUGAAGUUUGAAGCUGGCUUUACUAUUUGUAACAUCUAUAUUUGUCUUAGUCUGCCAAAUUUACAGUGCAUUCCAAUCAUUCCCAUUAAUACAUUAAAGUGAUGCCCUGCUGUAGCAACACCCAGUAAUUCUAUUAAGUAAUUUCUCUUUUGAGAACAAAUAACCCUGCAUCCUAUUCUAUAUUUUAGGGUUUUCUUAGAAAAAAAAUGUCAGAAGAACAAAGCCUUCUGGAUUUGUCUCAUUUCAUGGAAGGAGAAAUGGAACCGUUUCCUGAAAAAUAUUGUAACCUUUCUGAAAAUGUCAAAUUGCAAUGCAAAGACUUAGAAGAGAAGUUGAAAACAUUUGUAAAAGAACUUGGGGAGGUCCAGGAAACUUUGCCAAAAUCGGUAGAGGAAUGCGUUAAAGAACUUCGCAGCAUUGCAGAUGGCAUUGAUACAUUUCACAAGAAUGCCACCAUAGCCAGCGUCGUCGGAAGCUCAUUUGGGAUAGCGGGUGGAAUCACCACCAUUGUAGGCCUUGCUUUGGCUCCUGUUACCUUUGGAGCAUCUCUGAUUGUGACCCUGGUUGGUGUGGGAGUUGCUACUGCUGGGGGAAUCACUGGGGCUGCAUCUUCUAUCGCAGAUACUGCUAAUAUACGCAUAAAGGGCAAGAGAGUCGAGGAGAUUAUACAGAUAGUCCAGUCGGACAUAGCACACUUGGAAAAGCUUCUGAAAUCCAUUAAUACUCACAUUGAGGACAUGAAAAGGCUGAUGGGUGUAAAAGAUGCUGAUAUUGCGAGAGUCAGUGUAAGAGGAGUCUUUGCCGCAGUUGAGAUCACACGGCUGGCUCAGCUGGCCAGUAUAUCAACUACUGCUGCAAGAGCAGCCCAGAUAGCAGCUCAGGGAGCCAAGGCCGCAAUAGCUGUAUCUGGAGUCUUAGCAGCACUGUUUAUAUUUGUGGACAUUGCAUUUGUUGCAAAGGGAGCAAAAGAUCUGAAAGACGGGGCUAAAGCUGAGCAAGCAAAAAAAAUCCGAGAUGUUGCUGAUGAGCUGGAGACUGAGUUUGAAAAGCUACAAGCUGCUGCGCUUGAAGUGCAAAAUGGUUUUUCAUUUGUGUACUACAAUAAAGGAUCUUUAGCUCUCAUGUAACAUUUAAAACACAGAUAUGAUAUUAUGUAGCAGGCUGUAUAUGUACAAAAACAUACAAAAAUACACAUCUGUAGGCACAAUUGUACAGGCUUAGUCCCAGCAUUGAUCACACAUGUAAUAUUAAGUAGCAGGCUGUAUAUGUACAAAAACCAUACAAAUACUCGAAAGGCAUGUUAUUUACCAUACUGGAGCUCAGGUAGGGUGGGAAUUUACCAACUGACACAUUAGUUAUGUGGUGCAGUGAUCUAUAAUUUGCCUUAGCAAUUUUUAAUACCGUAUAUUUGCAUGGGGUAUUUCUGAUUAUGUACAUGGGUGGUAUUCAAUCAUCUUUGAAACAAAGGAGCUGCUGUAUCUUAGCAAGUACUAGCAUUGUGCCAAGCAAAUUGAAUUUAAAGGAGAAGUAAAGUGUAAAUCAUUGGGGGGUACCGAAUGUAAGUGAUUGCAAUAACUAGCCUAAUACCCCAGGCCAGUGCUCCUCUAAACAAAAAACUGCACCAUUCCAGGUUAUUUUUCAAUAAGCACCAUACUGCGAUCUUUCUGCUCUUUCCUUCUCCGCGCCUGUGCACAUACAACUGAGUGAAAGGCUGAAAUUUAACAAAAAUCUAGCUUUUCCAAACUACUGCACAUGCAUUGACCUUGGGGUACUGAAGAAAGAAAAAUCUGGAUGAAGAGGAUCACUCCAUGGUGCUCGCUAAAAAGUACCAGGAACACAGGCCUGGGUAUCAGGUAAGUGAUAAUAACAUUAAUCAGUUAUCCCCCCAGGGAUUUUACCUUUCCUUCUCCACUGAGGUGAGUCUGUUUAGGACUGUAAAGCUGGCCAUACACAGGCAGUUCCUACGGGUGGGCGAUAUCGGGGAGGCAUGUAGGCAAAUUAGA